CCAUCUAAACCCUCCAUCUGUUUCCUUAAAACUCAUCACCUGCUGUAAGCCUGUAGCAUCCCCUUCCUAACCCCAUCGCCGCCCACCUGCUCCUGCUGCUGCGUACUAUUCCUCUAGACACUCCCGCCGCCGAGGGCAUUGGAGAUCAUCUGAGGUCCAGGUCAUUGGAGAUCGUUUCAAAUCAUCGAACACACGGUGAUUCAUUGAAGAUCGCAAACAUCUCAUGUGGCUUCUUCUUCGAUCUCUUCCAUCAUCAACUCGUUUUCUAUAAGUUUAUAUCUUCAAAACUUUGAGCCUGUUAAGAUGGGAGUGAAAAAAGAGGAUGGUUCUCUUUCCAAGAUUAUGCCUCCUGAAGAACAGGAUAUUUUAGAUGAGAUGGAUAUUAAGGUAAAGAAGUAUCUUAGAGGUGACAGUGCUAAUUUUGAGGCUUUGAGAGACAAAAAAUUGAAAGGUCAGCUUGCUGCUAGAGAGGAGUUAUAUGGAAAAUCUGCCAAGGCUGCUGCCAAGGUUGAGAAGUGGCUUAUGCCAAGCGAGGGGGGGUACUUGGAGGCUGAAGGUAUAGAGAAGACUUGGAGGAUCAAACAGGAGGCAAUUGUUCGUGAAGUCGAUAUAUCAAGUUCAAAGAAUCAAUACGAUAUUGUCUUACCAGAUCUUGGUCCAUACACACUGGAUUUCACCUCAAGUGGUCGGUACAUGGCAGUUGCAGGACGCAAGGGCCAUCUGGCUAUUAUAGACAUGAUGAAUAUGAGUCUUAUCAAAGAAUUGCAAGUCAGAGAAACAGUGCGUGAUGUGGUCUUCUUGCACAAUGAGCUGUUCUUUGCUGCUGCCCAAAAAAAGUACACAUACAUUUAUAACCGGGAUGGCACAGAGCUUCACUGUCUGAAGGAGCAUGGUGCAGUAUCGAAACUCCAAUUUCUGAAGAACCAUUUCCUCUUGGCAUCCAUUAACAAAUUUGGACAGCUCCACUAUCAAGAUGUCACUACGGGCUUAAUGGUAGGUAAUUUCAGAACUGGCCUCGGCGGUUCUGACGUGAUGCAGGUGAAUCCUUUCAACAACGUCGUCGCUUUGGGCCAUUCUAAUGGGUCAGUAACCAUGUGGAAGCCCACUAGUGCUGCUCCCCUUGUCAAGAUGCUGACUCAUCACGGCCCGGUUUCCGCCUUAUCAUUUCACUCCAAUGGCCAUCUCAUGGCAACAGCCGGGACUGAUCGGAAAAUAAAGAUUUGGGAUUUGAGGAAAUUUGAAGUUCUUCAAACUUUACCUGGACAUGCGAAAACAUUGGAUUUCAGUCAGAAAGGUUUGCUUGCUACUUCUACUGGUUCUUUCGUACAGAUUUUGGGAGAUUUCUCUGGAUCUCAAAAUUAUAGCCGUUACAUGACGCAUUCGAUUGCCAAAGGUUACCAAAUACGGAAAGUUUUGUUCCGACCGUAUGAAGAUGUUCUAGGGCUUGGGCAUUCUAUGGGUUGGUCUUCGAUUCUUAUCCCUGGAUCUGGAGAACCCAAUUUUGAUUCUUGGGUGGCAAACCCUUUUGAAACGCCGAAGCAGAGGAGGGAAAAAGAAGUGCGGUCUCUUCUAGACAAACUCCCUCCGGAGACAAUUAUGUUGGACCCAAAAAAGAUUGGUAAUUUGAGGCCACCUACAAGGAGGAAAGAGAAGCCGAGCAAGGUGGAGAGAGAAGCCGAGAUGGAAGCUGCCGUUGCAGAUGCCAAGAACAGCGUUUCGACUAAGAGGAAAACAAAGGGGAGGAGCAAACCGAGUAGGAGAGCAAAGAAGAUGGAGCAAGCUGUCGAGAGAGCCAAGAGGCCUUUCUUGGAGCAACAAAAGCAGGAGGAAGAAUUGUCUAAGAAUAAGAAGCAGAAGACUAGUGAGCAAAGUGAACUGCCAAAGUCUUUGCAGCGGUUUGUUUCCAAGAAAGCUGCAUCAUGAUUCUGUUAGUUUUGGCUCUCUUUUUUGUGUUUUCGUUUGUAAGAUAUCCUCCACCCUCCGCCCUCCACCCUCCGCCCCCUACCUCGUGCUUGCAUCUCCGGAAAUCUCAAAGCGAACCAAAAGAAAAAUAGAAAAUGAAAAAGCGGCCACGCGAGAAGGGUGGUGGCUCUUGAAUUGAUAUUUAUUUAUCUUCUCUUUGUUGAGAAUAUUUUUUGCGGUUUUUUAGAAUUGAUAGAAGGGGAAGUGGGGGAAAACUUUUGUUUGGAACGAUGAGUCGGCCUCUUAAUGUAUUAUUUCACAUUUUUCCUUUUAUAUUUUCCUGUCUGUGUUGUUAUAAAUGUAUGGUUUUCAGAAAGGUAGAUGAGCCGUUUUUCACGAA